ACACUGCACACGAUACCCUGCAGUCGGAUCGGCGAAAUAGACCGAGCCAAACCCACGUUCGGGCGAAGGAAACAAACUCAAAAGAAGGUUGAAUUACGGAAGGUAGGGAAAGAUCUGAGCCAUGGCGUCUUAUAACAAUGAACCUGCAAGGAAUCCUAAUAUGACAAUCAACUGUAAAGAGCCAUUCAAUGCAGAGCCUCCGACAGAUGUUCUCAGAGAGCACUUUGUUACACCUAAUGAUCAGUUCUAUAUUAGAAACCAUGCACCAGUUCCUAGUCUUGAUGGAAGAACACACAGAGUGACAGUGGAUGGUUUGGUACCUCGCCCAUUGGAGCUAACAGCUGAGCAACUGAGAACAUGGUUUCCUCAGGCAACCGUGAUGGCAACACUAAUGUGUGCUGGAAACAGAAGAACAGAAAUGUCCUCGAUAAAACAAGUCAAGGGCGUUGUUUGGGGGCAUGCUGCUGUUAGUAAUGCUAUCUGGAGAGGACCUAGACUGAGAGAUGUUCUUCUUAUGGCAGGAAUUGAAAAGCUUGAAUCUAGAUGGGAAGACUUGCAUGUUGAUUUUGAGGGAGUUGAUAUCUGCAAGGAGGAUAGAGGCUAUGGUUCAUCAAUUCCACUUUUGAAGGCAUUGGAUCCCAGAGGAGAUGUUAUUGUUGCUUUGGAGAUGAAUGGCAGUGAGCUUCCCAGAGAUCAUGGCUAUCCUAUGAGAAUUGUAGCACCAGGAAUUGUAGGAGCAAGGUCAGUAAAAUGGCUGAAAUCCAUUAGAGUUCUUGGACAUGAAUCUACAAAUUAUUACCAGAAGAGGGAUUACAAACUUUUCUUACCACAUAUUGAUUGGGAUACUGUAGAUGAUUGGUGGGAGAAAUCACCAUCCAUUCAAGAAUUACCAGUCCAAGCAGCUGCUAUUAGACCUCAACAAGGAGAAUCCAUUACCCCUGGCACUCCUUACACUAUCAAAGGUUAUGCCUUAUCUGGAGGAGGCAGGAGGAUCAUCCGUGUGGAUGUUUCUCUUGAUGGAGGCAAGAGAUGGGAUAUUGCUCGCCUGUUUACCAAAGUGAAUGAGAAUCAGACGAAAGCAAACACCAAGUGGAGCUGGGAAUUCUGGGAAUAUCCUGUCCAAUCCUUCCCUUCUCCUUGUGAAGUAGUGGUCAGAGCAUGGGAUGAUGCUAGUAACACCAUGCCGGAUGACAUGAGCUCCAUCUGGAACCUUAGGGGAGUGUUGAAUAACUCCUGGGUUCGUAUCAAAGUUCCUGCCAAGGCUAAGUUUUAAAUCUUAUGAGGAACAGAAGGACCCAAUCUUGGUUUCCAUUUCUGAAAUUUGCUGAUGAAUAAUUCUUCCAUGCAGUAUUGAACAGAAUUGUUGAAUCAAAUUUUAUCACAGAUACUAUAUUGCAAGAAAGUUUUUAACUGUUUACUGAGAAUGUGUGUAUAAUUCCUUUCUUUGUGAUCAGCAUUGUCAUUGUAUUGACAGCUGUAUAUAGUGCUUGACAGCUGGUGUCAUGCAAUAAUGAAAUGCAUUGUUCAACAUCAGCUCUGACAUUCUAAAAAAAAAAGUUCUCAUGCCUAAAGUGUGCAUUACGCUAUUAAAUUCAGAACACUGACAUUUUUUUUCAUUGUAUGUUUUUUACUACUACAACAUUAAUGCAUUUUAAGAUAAUGACUCAUUAUCAUUGUGUUUUUGACAGCUAUAUAAUUGAUAGCUUUAUCAUUUAUAAGACUAGUAUUAGUUUUUUGUUUUUUUCCUUUUAUUGUGCAUUGUUGAUGUGAUUACAAAGUAACCAACAUGUUAGCAGAGAUUUUUUAAUGCAUAUUGUAGAUGGAAUAUGUAAGGAAAGUAAAGUGAGUAUUCUGAGGCUUUGUGUUUAUGAAUAAGUUUAUGAAUAUAGUACUAUUUUUUUUCCUAUUUUACUCAGAUAUACCAGUAUUUUCCAUUCUGCAAAAUAACAAUUUUCAGUACAAAUUUAAUUGAUGAUUGUCCAUGAAUAAUCAACAUGAUUAUUUUUCAGCCAAAGUAUCACGUUUGUGAUUCAGCAUUAAUGGACUACCAGUAAAUGCAGUAGAAAUAACCAUGCAGCUGAAUUUCUAAAUUCCCCUUUGAAUAUUUGUCAUGCAUACAAUAUCCACAAGAGGGUAUGAUAAACAAAAACAAGAGUUAUAUACAUUAGUUUUUUAUCACAAUCCCUUUGCUUGUUCAAUGAUGAUUUGUGGGGUUUGAUUUUCUAUCUGUUAUGAUUUGUAAGCUUCAUCAAUCUUUAAAAAAAUGUAAUUUCAUGUUUUAAAGGUGAUCUACGAGAUGAAUAUAGCUUCAAAUACUGUAAUGCCUUGAAUGCCUACAUGUAAGAAAUGACAAUAUUGAUUGAAAUGAAAACGCAACUUGUAUUCUAGUAACAAUGGCAUUGUUCUCUGAUCCAUAUUUGGCCACUUAAAUAUGAAGUU